GCCAUGGAACACGUGACGGAGGGUGCCUGGGAGUCGCUGCAGGUGCCGCUGCAUCCUCUGGUGCUCGGAGCUCUGCGCGAGUUGGGCUUCCUGCACAUGACGCCGGUGCAGUCUGCUACCAUCCCUCUGUUCAUGAGAAACAAAGAUGUUGCUGCAGAAGCCGUGAGUCGGGGUGGAAAAACCCUGGCUUUUGUCAUCCCUAUUCUGGAGAUCCUUCUGAGAAGGGAGGAGCCGUUAAAGAAGAACCAGGUAGGAGCCAUCGUCAUCACCCCCACUCGAGAGCUGGCCAUUCAGAUUGAUGAGGUCCUGUCACACUUCACGAAGCACUUCCCGCAGUUCAGCCAGAUUUUGUGGAUCGGAGGCCGGAACCCUGGAGAAGAUGUGGAGAGGUUCAAGCAGCACGGUGGGAACAUCAUUGUGGCAACCCCAGGCCGCCUGGAGGACAUGUUCCGGAGGAAGGCUGAGGGUCUGGACCUGGCCAGCUAUGUGAAGAGCUUGGAUGUCCUGGUGCUGGACGAGGCAGACAGACUUCUCGACAUGGGCUUUGAGGCAAGCAUAAACACAAUCCUGGAGUUUUUGCCAAAGCAGAGGCGAACAGGCCUUUUCUCAGCCACACAGACACAGGAGGUGGAGAACUUGGUGCGAGCAGGCCUCCGCAACCCUGUCCGAAUCUCUGUGAAGGAGAAGGGCGUGGCAGCCAGCAGCACCCAGAAGACGCCGUCCCGUCUGGAGAACCACUAUAUGAUAUGUAAGGCAGAUGAGAAAUUCAACCAGCUGGUCCAUUUCCUUCGGAGCCGUCAGCAGGAAAAGCACCUGGUCUUCUUCAGCACGUGUGCGUGUGUGGAAUACUAUGGCAAGGCCCUGGAGGCGCUGGUGCAGAGGGUGAAGAUCCUGUGCAUCCACGGGAAGAUGAAGUACAAGCGCAAUAAGAUCUUCAUGGAGUUCCGCAAGCUGCAGAGUGGGAUCUUGGUGUGCACUGACGUGAUGGCCCGGGGAAUUGAUAUUCCUGAAGUAAACUGGGUUUUGCAGUACGACCCUCCCAGCAACGCCAGUGCCUUCGUGCAUCGAUGUGGACGCACGGCCCGCAUUGGCCACGGUGGCAGUGCUCUGGUGUUCCUGCUGCCCAUGGAGGAAGCGUACAUCAACUUCUUGGCCAUCAACCAGAAAUGCCCCCUGCAGGAGAUGAGCCUCCAGAGAAACACUGUAGACCUUCUACCCAAGCUCCGGGCCAUGGCCCUGGCUGACAGAGCCGUGUUCGAGAAGGGCAUGAAGGCCUUUGUGUCCUUUGUGCAGGCUUAUGCAAAGCACGAGUGCAGUCUCAUCUUCAGGUUGAAGGAUCUUGACUUUGCCGGGCUUGCUCGAGGCUUUGCCCUGCUGAGGAUGCCCAGGAUGCCAGAACUAAGGGGGAAGCAGUUUCCAGAUUUUGUACCAGUGGACAUUGAUACCGACACGAUCCCAUUUAAGGAUAAAAUUAGAGAAAAACAGAGGCAGAAACUUUUGGAGCAAAAAAGAAAAGAGAGGACAGAAAAUGAAGGGAGAAGAAAAUUCAUCAAAAAUAAAGCUUGGUCAAAGCAGAAGGCCAAAAAGGAAAGGAAGAAGAAGAUGAAUGCAAAGAGGAAAAAGGAUGAGGGUUCUGAUAUUGAUGAUGAGGACAUGGAGGAACUCCUUAAUGACACAAGGCUCUUGAAAAAAUUUAAAAAAGGUAAAAUCACAGAAGAAGAAUUUGAGAAGGGGCUGUUGACAAGUACCAAAAAACCAGUCCAGCUGACAGAAUUAGGUCUCUCGGACUCAGAAGAGGACAGUUGACCUGAGCCUCAGGUGAGGGCUACCUCACAGCUGGCCUCACAUUCCUACCCUUGCUGGAAGACUGUGGUUCAGACUGAGAGAAACCAAAGGACUGCACACACGAGCACAAGGAUCCUACCAGAAUCUCAGUGUAUUGAGUGUAAAUAACAGAUCUCAGUAUUUAUUUUGAUUAAUUGUGCUUUUUCUGGGGGUGGCUUUUGUGCUUUACUACUGACUUA